ACACAGAGCCGAAGGAAAGUGAUGGUCUAUCUACCGACAGGAGAAGUGGUCUCAUCCUACUCUACGCUGGAGCAGAUCCUCCAGAGUCUUGGAUGGGAGAGGUACUUUGGCGGCGGCGACACAGAUCUCCUCCAGUUCCACAAACGGUCCUCUAUUGAUCUCAUCUCUCUACCUAGAGAUUUCACCAAGUUCAACUCCGUUUACAUGUACGAUAUCGUCGUCAAGAACCCUAAUUACUUCCACGUCCGAGACUCCCAUUAAAUCGUCUU